UUUUUUUAGCAUUUAAUAGCCAUGAAAAAGUAGCUGCUACUAUUAGCUCCGUGUAUCUUCACCCUUAGUGGCAAGUACAACCUGGAGUUUUGUAGCUGUUGCAGUUUAGCAGCAGGACAGCUACAGAUUCAAAGUCACUAUUUAGAAGGUUAUGGGAAGGAAAUAGAACAAGAGGCAGAAUUCUUUGUGUUUUGGCAGCAGGUUUAAUGUGUCGUUAUAAUAUCUCCAUUUUGUUUGAAUGCAGAGAUUUAAAGCCAGGAAAUAUACUCAUAGAUCAAGCCGGCUAUUUAAAAAUCGCAGAUUUUGGCAUGGGCAAAACAGGCAUUGGAUAUGGAGACAGAACAGGCACCAUACUUGGCACUCCAGCUUACAUGGCACCAGAGCUCGUGAAGGAGGAGCAAUACACAAGAGCUGUCGACUGGUGGGCUCUUGGAGUCAUCGUGUAUGAAAUGCUCCUUGGAACAAGACCCUUCACCGGAAAGGACAUCGACUACAUGUAUGAGUGGAUUGAGGAGGAUGAGCCACACUAUCCCGACUCCCUGGAACCACAAGCACUGAGCUUUAUAUCACAGCUCUUGAUGAAGAAUCCAGAGGAGCGACUGGGUUCUACCCAGGAUGAUGCAGAGGAUGUAGCUCAUCAUCCAUUCUUUAAUGUAAGUUUUCUGUCUCUAUUGUCAUAA